AUGAGCACGUUCAACAUCGACGAGCAACGUCUCUUAAUUGGUUCCGCUGCAGAAUUUCUAAAACACAGACUCUUUUUGCAUUUCACAAGAUUUGAGCCUCGAACACUUAUUAUUUGCGGAUCGGGAUUAGGAGGAAUCGAAGAAAGGAUCGCACCCAGACCAGUGCCAUUGAGCAUUGACUACCAUGAAAUUCCAGGAUUUAAGACUAGUACUGUUGCUGGUCACAAGGGUAAACUUGUUUUUGGCGUUAUGAAUGGGUCUCCGGUCGUUUUAAUGUGCGGAAGGUUGCAUUCAUACGAAGGUCACGCAUUGCACCAGACCACUUUUCCUAUAAGAGCUUUGAAUCAGCUGCAAUCUAUCAAAUAUCUCAUUGCGACAAAUGCGUGCGGUGGACUUAACACCCAGUAUGCGGUGGGUGAUUUAAUGUGUCUGAUCGAUCAUAUCAAUAUUCCAGGACUUGCUGGCCAACAUCCCCUUCGUGGUCCCAAUUUCGAUGAAACUGGACCUCGAUUCCUGGCAUUGAGUGAUGCAUAUGAUCUCCAGCUUCGCAAGCUGUUGUUUCAGAAGCGUUUGGAACUCGGUUUAGAACGUCCGCUGCACGAGGGCACAUACACUUACGUCUCUGGACCCACUUUCGAGACCAGAGCUGAGGCACGCUACAUACGGGCCAUUGGUAGCGAUGUGGUCGGAAUGAGUACAGUUCCGGAAGUGAUUAUUGCAAGACAUUGUGGCCUGCGUGUUCUAGCACUCAGUUUAGUGACCAACGCAGUUGUCGAAGAUCCUCCAGCCAGCGCUCUUGAUGAAAAUCCCGUGCCCAUCGAGAAGGGAAAAGCUACUCAUGAAGAAGUUCUUGAAGAAGGGUUUUUGGCCUCGCUUGACGUGCAGGCUCUUGUGGAAGCCGUUGUUCAAGAGUUAUAG